AUGACCAGUUCGACAGUAAGUCUAAGAGAACGAGAUUCCCCUAUUUAUAAAGAAAAUGUUCAAAAUGUUUUCAUACAAACUAAAAGUCACUUUGGUCGUGUCGAUAUUGUUGUAAACAAUGCUGGUAUUUUUGACGAAAACGACGUGAAAAAAUGCACAUCGGUCAACCUGAACUCCGUGAUCUGCGGCACAAUGCUGGGAGUGGAACACAUGAGAAAGAAUAAAGAAGGCGGUGAGGGGGGAGUCGUCGUCAACAUGGCAUCAACGGCAGGUCUCCAGCCGUAUCCACUCAUCCCUGUCUACACGGCUACCAAGCACGGUAUUGUUGGGUACACGCGCUGCUGGGGGGCCAACCCAGAUUUCCCGUACCAGCAAGUGCGUGUCAACUGCCUGUGUCCACAUCUCACAAAUACCAGUCUUCUUCAGCUGACGCCAGAGCAGAAGGCGGCCGGUGUAGUGCGCCACGUGCGUCUCUGGGAGGCGUGGUACCCCAUGGCAAUGAAGACCGCUCUCAGGUGUGUGUGUGUGUGUGUGUGUGCUAUAGGAACUGAGAAGUGUUUUGGAGUGUUAUAA